UUUCCGUGGUUCAGUGAGACCGGUGCUCCUGUGAAUGGUCGUCUCGACCAUUCUUAUGUGCAUCUUCAUCAACUCUAUUAUUUUUUCGAAAAAAAGGAAAACAAAAUUUUUAUCUAAAUUUCCUUUUUUUUUAAUAGAAUUACAAAAUUAGAAAAUUCUUUCGAUUAUUAUUUUUUGUGACAGUGGAAAUUGAGAAAAACGAAGGCAGUGUUUAUGUGUUCUCUAAAUUGUGAUUGAUAGUACUUUUUAAUUAGUUUAUAGAAAAAGUUUUUCGAAAAAAAAAUUGUCGCGAUGCGAGGUAUCGCGACUUUUACCCUCCUGGGGAUGAUCAUCACUCUUUCCGGUUCCAAUAUUGCGCCGGACGAAGUUCUUACGACACACCUGGAGAAUGCACUGCAGGACGAUAAUUUUGCAAUUUCUAUAAAUCACAUUAGGCCUAAGAAAAAGCAAGUAGGUGGAGACGAAAUUUUACUCGCCGCUGAAUUCUCCAAGUCUAGAAAUAAAUUUGUACUUAUGCUCGACAGGCACACCAAAAGAGUAAUUCUCGAAACGGUGGAAAAUGGUCGUCAACGAUCGGAACAUUUGGUGAUUGACACAUUGGACGUGAUUGAACCUGUCAAAAGUCUCGUUGUGCUUGUUCGACAAAAUCAUCCGGCGCAUCUCGAAAUUUACAUUGAUUGCCUCUAUCAGGGGGAAAUUCCCAUUAAAAAAACCAUUAAAGAAAUGUCAGAACGUGAGGAUUCGUCCACGCUACGAGUGUUCAAGGACAGAAGAUGUAGAAUAAAAAUCCACAGAUCUGGAAAUGUGGAGAGCAUAUUAAGGGGUGAAAAUUGUCCUACAAGUCUUACUGAUGUUUUCGAUGAUCUUAAAGAACAAGAAGCGACGCAAGUUGAUCGAGUUCGUCGGGAUAGAGGAGAUAUUCCUGCUCCUGUUUAUAUCAGCUCAUCAGAAUGUAUCGGUCAUGGAGAAUUGGCUGACGUUAUAAAUCGUCUUGUGAAAAAUGUCAUUGCAAUCCGCGACGAACUCAAAAUAAACAUGGAAGAAACACGUGCAGUGAGAAAUCUUCUGGACACUUGUCUUGCUUGCAAGGUUCCAGCGCAACCAAUAAUAGAUCCUUGCACAAAUUACUGUUAUCCUGGUGUUCGUUGUGCAAAGAAUCAAUAUGGUGAGCCACAGUGCGGUUCAUGUCCAGAUAGAUACAGUGGAGAUGGUCGAAGAUGCAACAGAUUACCUUCGUGCGCUGAUAAUCCUUGCUCUGAAGUUGUUCAAUGUUACGAUGUACCGGAAGGUUUCAGAUGUGGUCCAUGUCCAAGAGGAUACACCGGAGAUGGCAGACAAUGUUCAAGGGUUCGAACGGGCUGCGACUUAAAGCCCUGUUACACUUCUGUCAAGUGUUAUCAAAGAGAUUCGUAUCCAUACUUCUCUUGUGGCGCUUGUCCUCAUCCCAUGCACGGCAAUGGAACUCACUGUUCUCUCGAUCUUUGCGAUCUUGAAAGACCCUGCUCUCCAUUGGCAUCGUGUCACAACGUCGACUCCGGCUUCAGAUGCGGUCCAUGUCCAGAAGGAUACACAGGAAAUCAACCGCACGGCUCAAGUGUGGAUGACGCACGAAGGAACAAACAAAUAUGCGAGAGAAUAACCGAGAGCUGUAACGAUGGAAGAAAUGGAGGCUGUGUACCAAAUUCGCGCUGCUACGACUCCGAGGGGUCAGUUAGAUGCGGACCUUGCAGAGAAGGUUUCAUUGGCAACCAAACUGUCGGCUGUCAUGUGGCCGCUGGAUUGUGCGAAGACAUGGUUACCAGGUGUGAUGGACAUGCCAAAUGCGAAUGUGUCGGUGUCAAUCAAUACAUCUGCAGGUGCAACAUUGGAUGGGCGGGAAAUGGACACGUGUGUGGAUUGGACACGGACAAUGACGGCUAUCCGGAUUAUAAUUUGGCGUGUCAUGAGGAAAGAUGUAGAGCUGACAAUUGUCCCACGACGUCGAACAGUGGUCAGGAGGACGUGGACAACGAUGGCGAGGGCGACGCUUGCGACAGUGACGCCGAUAAUGAUCAGAUUGGAAAUCUAGUCGACAAUUGUCCGCAUCACGCGAAUUCCGAGCAGGAGGACAAGGACGGCGAUGGAAUCGGAGAUAUUUGCGAUAAUUGUCCCUCGGUGCCGAACGCCAAUCAGACCGACACUGACAAUGAUCGUCGGGGUGAUGCCUGUGACGAGGACAGCGAUAAUGACGGAAUUUUCGAUGACGAGGACAAUUGUCCGAGAGUGAUGAAUCGAGAGCAGGAGGAUAUUGACAACGACGGGAUUGGCGACGCCUGCGAUAAUUGUGUGGAAUACGCGAAUCCCAGUCAAUUGGAUUCGGACAAUGAUGGAGUGGGCGAUAUUUGCGACAACGAUCGAGACGAGGAUCAGGAUGGAAUUCAGGAUAAUUUGGAUAACUGUCCUCACGUUUCGAAUUCAGAUCAGAGAGACAUCGAUGACGAUGGAAUUGGCGACAGAUGUGACGAUGACAUGGACGGCGACGGAAUUCCAAAUGGACGCGAUAAUUGCGUUUUUGUCUACAAUCCCAGUCAGAGACGAACUCACAACGACGUUUAUGGAGACGACUGCUGGAACGAUAACGACAAUGACACAGUGAUCAACAGUAUGGACAAUUGUCCGAAUAAUAGUGCCAUUUGGACCACAGACUUCCGGCAAUACACGAGAGUCGUCCUGGACCCGGAAGGAGAAUCCCAAACGGAUCCCAACUGGCAGAUACAUCACAAUGGGUCCGAGAUUGUACAAACUUUGAAUAGUGAUCCCGGUCUCGCAGUUGGCAUGGACAGAUUCGAUGGGGUCGAUUUCGACGGCACAUUCUUUAUAAACACGCCAAUUGACGACGAUUAUGUGGGCUUUGUCUUCUCCUAUCAAAAUUCGCGACGAUUUUACACAGUGAUGUGGAAGAAGGCGUCGCAAACGUAUUGGGAACCAGUGCCAUUUAGAGCGGUAGCCGAGCCGGGAAUACAAAUAAAAUUAGUGAAUUCAGAAACGGGACCGGGAAAAAUGUUGAGAAAUAGUUUAUGGAGAACUGGCGACACGGCGAAUCAGGUGAAACUGUUGUGGAAGGAUCCAAGGAAUGUGGGAUGGAAGGAGCACACUGCCUAUCGAUGGCGUUUAAUUCACAGGCCGAAAAUUGGACUAAUUCGAUUGUGGAUCUACGAGGGUGAUCGACUCGUGGCUGAUUCGAAGAAUAUUUUCGACAUGACCCUCAAGGGUGGAAGUCUCGGUGUUUUAUGCUUCUCUCAGGAAAUGAUUAUCUGGUCCAGUUUACACUACAAGUGUCGAGAAGGAGUAUCGGAAGAAGUGUAUCGAGAACUUCCGGCAAGUGCGCAAAAGUUGAUCCACAAAGAUAUUUAUUCAGACGGCGCAGGAUGGAUGCAGCAUUAAUUUUUUUUAAAUAAAAUAAAGUUGUAAAAAAAAUUCAAUUUUCGGGCACAAUUUAUCAAACAAAAGGUUUUUUUUAUCCUUUGGUUAUGAGAAAAAGAAGGAAAAAAAAUUACCGGACGUGACGUGAAGGAGGAAUAAUUAAAGACUUCCUGUCUAGAUUUCUAUAUAAAAAUCUUAUAUUUUAUUGGUAGUUAAGAUUUUUUAAACGAAAUAAAUGUAAAUUAUGAAAGUUAUGAAAUUGUGUACUAAAAAAUGCAUUUAAAUGAAUUGUACAUUAAUGGAAUAAAAAUUGAGGGAAAAAUAAAGAUUGUUAAUUCUUCGAAAA